AUGGAACUCCUCAAGACCCUGUCGAGCUACUCGUGGGACACUAAGGCCGUAAUCGUAUCCGCGGCCUUCGCAAUCAAUUACGGCGAGUUCUGGCUCGUCGAGCAGCUCCAGACGACAAAUCCACUCGCAAAAAACAUCGCGGCCCUCAAGGACGUCCCUUCAAUUAUAGAACAUGCAGGGGACCUGAAAAAAAGGUUCGAGGUUGUUCUCAACUUUCUGAACCAGGUCCUCCAGGUCACGCAUUGCAUCAUCAUGCUCAAGGAGCUGCGUGUACAUCAGCCAUACAUGACCUCAACGGCCGAGUCGUGGGAGAUAAUGAACCUGGCGCACAAACUCUUGGUUAUAUUCGAGCACUUGCAGAAUCAGCUGAGGAAAUGUAUCGAGACAAUGAACAAAAAGAAGGUAGAAGAUGCAUCCUUUGCAUUCAGAAAACUUAUGGAGUCGGCUCAUAUCGACAACAUGAAACUCAUCGACAAGAACUUAGUCGAAAAACAGGAACAAAUAGAAGCCCUUCAUCUAAAAUACGUGCUCCUCUUAAUCUCGAAUCUCGAGCUCCCCCAAGAAGAGCUCCACAUAGUCCACUCGAUCUACAACCAGCACCCGAUGAGGCACGAGUACGAAGUCAUAUGGAUGCCCCUCGUGGACCCCACGGCCCCGCUAACCCCUCAAGAAACUGUAUUCUACGACCUACGAAACAACAUGCCGUGGCACUCGGUCGACCACCCAUCGCUGGUCGAGCCAUUGGCCGCACGGUACUUUCGGGACGUGUGGGGUUUCAUGCACACGCCAAUGAUGGUUGUGCUCGACCCGCAGGGAAAGCCCGCCAACUAG